CAAAAGCGGCGAGAGGCGCGGGGCGACUCCGCCCCUGUCCUGCCGCCGGGCGUCCGGAGCCGCACGUCUUGCUCGCCGCCGCCAUGGCCAAGCCCCUGACCGACCAGGAGAAGCGGCGGCAGAUCAGCAUCCGCGGCAUCGUGGGCGUGGAGAACGUGGCCGAGCUGAAGAAGGGCUUCAACCGGCAUCUGCACUUCACGCUGGUCAAGGACCGCAAUGUGGCCACCCCCCGCGACUACUUCUUCGCGCUGGCGCACACGGUGCGCGACCACCUGGUGGGGCGCUGGAUCCGCACGCAGCAGCACUACUACGAGACGUGCCCCAAGAGGGUUUAUUACCUCUCUUUGGAAUUUUACAUGGGCCGAACAUUACAGAACACCAUGAUCAACCUUGGCCUGCAGAAUGCCUGUGACGAGGCCAUUUACCAGCUUGGAUUGGAUAUGGAGGAGUUAGAAGAAAUUGAAGAAGAUGCUGGGCUUGGCAAUGGUGGUCUUGGGAGGCUUGCUGCCUGCUUCUUGGAUUCCAUGGCAACUCUGGGGCUUGCAGCCUACGGCUAUGGCAUCCGAUACGAAUAUGGAAUCUUCAAUCAGAAGAUUCGAGACGGAUGGCAGAUAGAAGAGGCAGAUGACUGGCUCAGGCAUGGAAACCCCUGGGAGAAGGCCCGCCCAGAGUUCAUGCUGCCUGUUCACUUCUACGGGAACGUAGAGCACACAGAGGCCGGAACCAAGUGGGUCAACACGCAGGUGGUCCUUGCUCUUCCAUAUGACACCCCGGUGCCUGGAUAUCUGAACAACACGGUCAACACUAUGCGCCUCUGGUCCGCUCGCGCACCCAAUGACUUUAACCUCAGAGACUUUAACGUUGGAGACUACAUUCAGGCUGUGCUGGACCGGAAUCUGGCCGAGAACAUCUCCCGGGUCCUCUAUCCCAAUGAUAAUUUUUUUGAAGGGAAGGAGCUGAGACUGAAGCAGGAGUACUUUGUGGUGGCUGCUACCUUGCAAGAUGUCAUCCGACGUUUCAAAGCCUCUAAGCUUGGGUCCAGCAGGAGUGCCGGAACUGCGUUCGAUGCCUUCCCAGAUCAGGUUGCCAUCCAGCUGAACGACACUCACCCUGCGCUCGCCAUCCCCGAGCUGAUGAGGAUUUUUGUGGACAUUGAAAAAUUGCCCUGGUCCAAGGCAUGGGAGAUCACCCAGAAGACCUUUGCCUACACCAACCAUACAGUGCUCCCGGAAGCCCUGGAGCGCUGGCCUGUAGAGCUGGUGGAAAAGCUGCUUCCUCGACAUUUGCAAAUCAUUUACGAGAUGAAUCAAAAGCAUUUAGAUAAAAUUGCUGCCUUGUUUCCUAAAGACGUCGACCGCCUGAGAAGGAUGUCUCUGAUAGAAGAGGAAGGAGGCAAAAGGAUCAACAUGGCCCACCUCUGCAUUGUGGGCUCCCAUGCUGUGAACGGCGUGGCUAAAAUUCACUCAGACAUCGUGAAGAACCAAGUAUUCAAGGACUUCAGUGAGCUAGAGCCAGACAAGUUUCAGAAUAAAACCAAUGGGAUCACUCCAAGGCGCUGGCUGUUACUCUGCAACCCAGGACUGGCAGAGUUAAUAGCAGAGAAAAUCGGAGAGGACUAUGUGAAGGACUUGAACCAGCUGACGAAGCUGAACAGCUUCCUGGGCGACGACGUCUUCCUCCGGGAGAUUUCCAACGUGAAGCAGGAGAACAAGCUGAAGUUUUCUCAGUUCCUGGAGAAGGAGUACAAAGUGAAGAUCAACCCAUCCUCCAUGUUUGACGUGCAGGUGAAGAGGAUCCAUGAGUACAAGCGGCAGCUCCUGAACUGCCUGCAUGUGGUCACCAUGUACAACCGCAUUAAGAAAGACCCGAAGAAGCUAUUUGUGCCCAGAACAGUUAUAAUCGGUGGCAAAGCUGCCCCAGGAUAUCACAUGGCCAAACUGAUCAUAAAGCUGAUCACUUCAGUGGCAGAGGUGGUGAACAAUGACCCCAUGGUUGGAAGCAAGUUGAAACUCAUCUUCCUGGAGAACUACAAAGUGUCUCUUGCUGAAAAAGUCAUUCCAGCCACAGAUCUGUCGGAGCAGAUUUCUACCGCAGGCACCGAAGCCUCGGGGACGGGCAACAUGAAGUUCAUGCUGAACGGGGCCCUGACUAUCGGGACCAUGGAUGGGGCCAACGUGGAAAUGGCCGAGGAAGCCGGGGAAGAGAACCUGUUCAUCUUUGGCAUGAGAAUAGAGGACGUGGCUGCUUUGGACAAGAAAGGGUAUAAGGCAAAAGAAUAUUACGAGGCACUUCCAGAGCUAAAGCUGGCCAUCGACCAAAUUGACAAGGGCUUCUUUUCUCCCAAGCAGCCUGACCUCUUCAAAGACUUAGUCAACAUGCUAUUUUAUCAUGACAGGUUUAAAGUUUUUGCAGACUAUGAAGCCUACGUCAAGUGUCAAGAAAAAGUCAGUCAGCUGUACAUGAAUCCAAAGGCCUGGAACAUCAUGGUACUCAGAAACAUAGCCGCCUCAGGGAAAUUCUCCAGUGACCGAACAAUUAAGGAGUAUGCCCGGGACAUCUGGAACAUGGAGCCUUCUGACCUAAAGAUUUCCCUGUCCAGUGAACCCAGCAGUGGGGUAGACAAAGCCAAUGGAAAGUUAGACAAAUAACCAGGAGAGAGGGCAAUGCUUCCUGGUGUCAUAGCCCACGCGCCUGUGUCAGGGUGAAUGACCCACAGCUCCCCUCGGCUGCCACCUUCCUCCAAGUGAGCACCGGCUGCCCGGACCGCUAGCGCUUCUCAACGUAAGCAUUUGAUUGAACUGCUGACAAUCCAUCUCCUUUCACUGCUGCACAGCAAAACCUAUUGCUAAGGAUACUUCUAGAAGCUAAAGGAAAAUAAGUUCCAGAAAGUGGCUUUUCAGAAAAAGGGAUGAUAUAAUCAAGUUCACUAAAGGAAGAUCUGCCUGCAUCCUGUCCACUCUGCCAUGAGGUGCAAGAUGAAGUGAAGGAGAGAGACUCAGAGCCCUGGAGGUACAAGAAAUACAUUUUUCCCAAAAGAACCACAGCCUACUCUGUAUUAACCACAUAAAAGGGAGAUAAAGGUGAUUCAAAAGGCAGAGGAUUCUUUAAAAAACCAUUUGAAUUUGUUUUAGAGCCAAGUUUCUUAAACCUUAGUGGGUCAUGGAGCCCUUUGAACAUGUAAUUAAAGCUAUGGACUCGGUGCCCCAAAAAAUGUAUCCACUCUUCAAAUUUUGUGUACAAUUUUGGGUUGGGAGUUCAUGGACCCUCUGGGGCUUCUGUGGAUCCCAAGUAUAGAACCACUGCUUUCAUCAAGGUUCCCUGUGAUCUGUCAUUUGGCCUCCUUCCAGCUCAGUACUGCUGAGAGCAAGCUGAGACUUCCGGGCAGGAGACAGAGGAAGGUGCAGCUGACCCCAAGUCAGGAAAUCUGGGAUAACUGAGGGCAAGAGCGGAUUCACUCAGAGGGCAGACGUGACUGUGUGAUUCACAUGACCCUUUAAAUAAAAAUGCAUUGUAACACCGUGCCCAAGUUUACACAAUCAGAACAAUGUUAAGCAAUGUUGAAAAAUGUUGAUUUCACAGGAAAUCUCUGUAAAUGUGACUCUGAAACAUACACCUCAAGAAAGCCCCUUGAGCAAAGGCAAGUCUUGAGAAGGCCAUCUUCUGACACAAAAAGACAAUGAGGAGGCUGAAAAGUUAAGGACCCUUCCCAAGGUCACACAGCCAAUGAAUGGCAGAGCCACGUGAACCCAGGUCUGUACAACCCCAGAGUUCCAUGGUGAUCUCCAGUGAGCUGUCACAGUCCUGGAAUGUCAACUUUUGGAUGCACAUCAAGAUAGAAGAGGAGUCAGGUGAGGAAGGACCAGAGGAAUCUGAGCCUGCCUGAUGAGCCAGCUGCAGCUGGGUCACACCCUGCAUGAUGAGAAACGUUAAGCCACCGUCAGAUUCCACCCCCGGAGUCAUCCGUGAAAUGGGUCUGGAACCUCACAGAACUUAUUCAGGGGAGCUCUGGAGGAUACCCUGGGCCAUGCCCCGUGGAGGUGGAGGGAUCCGAGAUGGCAAGAACAGGGGGAGGAGAGAGCAGCAGCUGCGUUUGGUCCCAGCUUCUAUUUCCAUCUGUUUAUUCAGGUUGAGAGGUCAGAGGCCCACGUGCUGGUUGAGCAAACAAAGUUGGCACCUACCAGGCACCGGUGGGGGACCACGGACACCGAAGGGGACGGGAGGAACCCUCAGCGACCAGAGAAAACGAACUGGGGACAAGAACAACUGUCUCUCAGCUGCCAUACAGCUGUGGAGGUAAACCAGUGGUGAUAGAGCAUUUGAGGGACGAAGAACUAGCAAACAACAGGAGGUAAAAGCUGAGUCCACUCCCUCAGAGCUAUACCUGGAUUAAACAGUGAACGAUCAGUAAGAUUCAUAGAUAUGCACUCAGGAACCACAGAAGGCUGCUUUAGUAGGUGACUUUGGGAAGUGACACCACGGCUGCCAUUGCAGUAUAGGAAGAUUCCGGGAUGCGUAUUGGAAGCAAGUGGCCAUCUCCUCCAUGCAGGUUGAGGAGGAGACUGUUGCAACCUUUCUGCAAAAGUUUCUAUGAAGCAAGAAGCAACUUAGAUAAACUACAUAAAUGAACCAGAAGCAGGAAGAACUGUGAUUAAUACAAACCCACAGGGGCAGCCUAGUCCACAUCAAAAUGGGGAUCCAAUCUCUCCACUGAAGACAAAGGUACCAGAAACUCGAUGCUAUCAGGCCCAAGAAUUGGCCAGGAAAGGUCUCAACACAGACAGGAUCACUCAGAGAAACACCUCCAAACGCUUGCUGAACAGCUUCCCUGUGCCUGGCUCUAGACAGUUCCUGGGUUAGAAGGGAAGGAGCCACAGUCCCUGCAGGGAGGACCACACAUUCUCGACCAGAACAAAGGCAAGUGCUGGUUUUAGCUCAAUAAUAGAAGAUAUGGCUUCUGGGGUUUCAAAACCUAUGGUUCAACUUUUCACAUUGCGCUUUUCUUCCUGGGGCAACAACUUGCUGAGCACAUCUCUUCCUAAAUUCCAAGACAGGCUGCUUGCUCUGCUCAGUCAAGACUGCCAACUCAAGAAACAUUUUUGAAAGAUCACAGUCAGCGUCACUGCCAAGAGAAGAAGUUCUUGGCACAAAAAGGACCUGUUUCAAUAUGAGAUGCCAGAUGGUGAUUUCAACUUCAGCUAAAUUCCUGCUGAAAAAAAGUGUUUGAGCUGCAGAUGAGAAAAGCUUCUAUGACAAAUUUCCAAGUGUUAGAAGCUUCAGAAGGAAAUGGCAAGUGUUGAUAUACUCCCCUCCCAACCACAUGCACACACACCAUAGAACUACUACCUGCAUCUGGUAGCUAAGAUUCCUACAAAGAUGCCUUUGCUUUUUAAGAAGACUUUCAGCCCUGAUAUGAUUUUUACUAAUAUUAAAGUAUAUUAUCCAAAUCCAUGAAAAUAAAAUACUAUUUGUUUUU